CAGCUCCAGAACCGUUCUCGGCUCUGAGGAGGAAGAAAGGAGAUGGCCGACUAACCAGGAGGAGGAAACCUUCACAUUUCUGCUUUUUUCGUCGGCAUAAUUCGUGUUCUUCGGGGCUAUUUCCCAGUCUGACGCCGGAGGGGGACGUUCCAGACCAUUUAGCUCCUCUUCCGCCAUGGCAGAGCCGAACAGCAACGUGAGAUACCAGGAGCUGGUGAACGAGGAGGAGCCGGCCCAGCCGUCCCAGGAGAGCCCCGGGCAGGAUGCACCGCCACCCUACAGCAGCGUGGCCGCAGCUAAUGCAGCUUUCUUCGAAUACAAGGAGGACGGGGGAAGAUUCCCCAACCCGCCGCCGUACAACGUCGCCACCACUUUACCUUCCUACGACGAGGCGGAGAGAAGCAAAGCGGAGGCCGGCGUCCCGCUGGUCGCCGGACGGGUCUCGGAAGAAGACUUCGUGGCCAGAGAGGACUUUGAAGAUGCUGACCAGCUGCGGAUAGGAAACGACGGCAUCUUCAUGCUCACUUUCUUCAUGGCGUUCCUCUUCAACUGGAUCGGCUUCUUCCUGUCGUUCUGCCUGACCACGUCGGCGGCCGGUCGCUACGGAGCCAUCUCUGGCUUCGGCCUGUCCCUCAUCAAAUGGGUUCUCAUCGUCCGGUUUUCCACCUAUUUCCCCGGAUACUUCGACGGGCAGUACUGGUUGUGGUGGGUGUUCCUGGCUCUGGGGCUCAUGCUGUUCAUCAGAGGCUUCGUUAAUUACUCCAGAGUGCGUAAACUGGUCGACCCCGCCUACGCCAACCUCCCCAGGACAAGGGUGCUCUUCAUCUACUAGAGCUGCUGAAAGGUGCCGAGAGGAGACGGAGCAGGAAGGCGUUUCAGAGUCACGAGACGGGACUUCACCAGAAAUCAGCCAGACGCGUCCUAGACGAGGACGACCUCAAGAUGGUGGCUCAUUCAGGAAAUAUCUAUAGAAAUAUAUCAUGUGUUUUUUUUUGUUUUGACAUUUUAUCAAUGGAACAUGCUAAGCAGUAAUAGUCCCUUUAGGUAUUCAUUAGUGGCUAAUGUUAAGUGCUAUUUACAUCUGUCUGUAAUGUAAGAGUAUUGCCUUAUAUCAUUUGAUGGUAGCCUAGGAGCAUGCCGCCAGGUUAUUAAUUAGAGCCAGGCUCAUGUUGGCGCUGAAGAUUGCCCCGCAGCAUGCAGCACCUUCUGUAACAUUCACUGCUAGAUCACUUUAUGGGUCCACUGGGUCUCUCUGAGUCUGAAAUGUCAAGAGAGAGGCGCUCAGGAUCCAGUCGGACGUCUUUUAUUUCAAUCAGCCGCUGUUCCCCUCUUCAAGCACAAGGAGGCAGUGUUGUCUUCGCAUUCCCACACAGCUUCACCAGAGAUGGAACCGAGAGAACCUGCUUGUAAUUUGCGAUCCAAACAUACCAGAGCCACCUGUGUUUGUCGAGAGGUUUCUGUUUAACGAUUGCCGCGGGUUAAUUUGGGUAAAAAUUAUCCGAACCUGGAAGCAGGAUUAACCUUGUUAUAAGAAUCGCAGCCUCCAUUUUCAUUUGAGCCCGACCGACAUCCAGAUCUCUGAGCGGCUCCCUUGACAGUGCUGAGUUUUGGCAAAGAACCAGAUUUUCUUUUUUGCCUCAACAUUUAAUUGACAGAUGCAGAGAUUUUUUUUUUUUUUUUUUUUCUCCCCAACUUUUACCGCACUGUGUCAGAAGUUGGUAUCGAUUGUAUCAAAGGAUUUUGUUUUCCAGCUGCACUUUUGAGUAAAACCCAGAGGAUGCUCCCUGUCCACGCUGACCGGUUUGGAUCAUCAGCUUCAUUCUUUCUGCCAGUUAUGCUUGUUUCUGUGUGACGUAGCGCUGAAACUUUGGGGUUAUGUUGUUAUGUAACUGUACAGAAAACAUAUAGUGUUAAAUAAAUGUCACUUUCAAUGCGU